CGAUAUUUUUGUUGUUGUUCCCGUAUCUUUCAUUAUAAUAAGCAGGUCAUCCAAAUAUGUUUCCUGCUAAUUGAAUAGCAGAACACCAACAAUAACUACGAUCUUAAAACUCAACCUUGACACAGACAAAUCUAACAUUUCCAUUGAAGUCAAGAAACAACAAAUAAGGACAAGACAUGAUCCAAGUUUUGGCACCGUCCUCAUUGUCUAAUUACUCUAUUGUUAGUUCUUACAUAACAUCCGAUCAUCAAAUACAUAUUAGAUGGUUAUCAUCCUAUACUAUGGACCAACUCAUAUUACUCCAAAGAUGCAAGACCCAAUAAUAAAUUGUGCAAAUUCUCAGGAUACCAAAUGUAAUUAACCAAAAAAAUCUGCAUUUUGGAUUCAUUUAGACAUUCUUUGGAAAGCUCUUUUGUCAUCAUCAGACCAAUAGCCACCAAACAAGUAAAUAAUAAUCUGAAAAUAGAAAUGGAAAAAGAGCAGAGAGCGAGUAACCCAAAAUUGAACGACGAACCAAGGAAGGCAAAAACGCGGAUAGUUGGUUGACACCAUGGUUUCCUCCUCUCUUCUCUAACAAUUCUCCUUCUCUUUGCUUCCUUCCUCAAGUCUCUCACAAACGGUCAAACGCCAUUCCUCCAGCCGCCUCAGUUCUUGCUUCUGGGCAAAAUCCCUCCUUCCCAUUUCACAAGAUCGCAGCUUUUUGCAUUAAGCUUUCUGGGUCAGCUUCAGAUUCGGUCAAUUUUCAGGUAACUCGAAGCUUCAAUCAGCUUAUUCACUUCCCAAAAGAAGUUCACUUUGGGGAAAUGUUCGUAUAGGGUUUCAGUUCUGCAUAAUUGGUUUUCAAUUUCUGAAUGCUUUGGCUGUAAGUUCAGUUUAGCUACUUCGAUCUCUCAAUUUUUAGUGCAGUUGUGGAAUUUAAGAAUUGGUGGCUUUACAUUUGGGGGAAAGUUCUGAGCUUUACUUUGGUAGCUUGUUCUUAGCUUUUCCAGCGGCGAGUAAAGCAUCUGAUUUUCAACUUAUGUGGUUCGUUUUACCUUUAAUUUGGAUAUGAUGGGAGGGCAAUGUAGUAAGGGCAGCAAAACUGUUGAAGACCCCUCACCAUCAUCAAGUAGCGGUAGAAAAGCCAUUGAACCUGCACCUUCAGACUCCACCAUGAACCCUAAUCACCACAUGUCAGCAGCAUUGACCUCUUACGAAGACGCCUGCAAAACCGAUCCAGAACUGCAGGCAUUCGAUGCAACCCUCCAUGAGAAAACCAAUCGAGUCAUCAACAGCCUUGCCACAACCGUCGAGGUCAGAUCUUUAUCCUUUGAUUCGCUCAAAGAGGUCACCAGCUGCCUCCUUGACAUGAACCAGGAGGUAGUUAAAGUCAUACUCGACUGCAAGCGAGAUGUGUGGAAGGAUGAUGACUUGUUCGAAUUGGUAGAGGAAUACUUCGACAACAGCAUCAAGACCAUGGACUUCUGUGCCGUCCUCGAGAACUGCCUCAAGCGAGCUCGUAACAGCCAGCUUCUCAUCCACGUAGCAGUCAACCAGUUCGAGGAAGAAUGGCCUUUGCAAGUAGGGUUUGCGAAGACGUUGCACGAGCUGAAGAUGUUUAAAGAUGCAGAGAAUCCUUUCACCGAAGAGUUUUUCAACCUGUUUCAGCUGGUUUACAGGCAGCAGAUUUCAAUGCUCGAGAAGCUGCAGCGCAGGAAGUCGAAGCUCGAUAAGAAGAUCAAGUCGAUGAAGAAAUGGAGGAUGGUGACCAACGUGUUGUUCGUCUCUGCAUUUGUCUCGGUGCUUGUUUUCUCGGUGGUGGCAGCUGCUAUCGCUGCACCUCCUGUCAUCACAGCAUUAGCUGGAGCUUUAGCUGUUCCGAUUGGUUCAAUUGGGAAGUGGUGCAAUAAUCUGUGGAACAAGUAUAUGCAGGCAUUGAAAGGGCAGAAGGAGUUGGUUAGUUUCAUGCAGGUGGGGACUUUCAUUACUAUUAAAGACAUGGAUACUAUAAGGGUGCUUGUGGGGAAAUUGGAAGUUGAGAUAGAGGGUUUGGUGCAGAACACGGAGUUUGCUUUGCAGGAUGAAGGAGGAGUUGCUGUGAAGCUUGUGAUCGAUGAGAUCAAGAAAAAGCUAGCGAUGUUUAAUGAGACCAUUGAUGCUUUAGGGGAGCAUACACAUAAGUGUAGCCGGGAUAUUAGCCAGGCGAGGACGGUUAUCUUGCAGAGGAUUAUCAGGUAUCCUGGACAAUGAUGAUCAUUGGUGAAAGAUUGUCCCUUUCAGUUGAUAGAGGUCAAAUUAACUUGCAACCAAGCCAUCUAUUUACCAUAUAGAUAGAUAUCUACUACUGUUGUUCUUAAUGAUGCAUCUCCUCUAAUGCAGGAGGCUUUCUUUUCAUGAAAAGAAGCUGUUGGGUUCUUUCUUUAUUGUCUUCUACCCUUUUAACAUGAGUUGUAUUGGAGAGAUAUGAUACUUUGAGUGAUUUUGAUUUAAUUCAUGUAUUGAUUGAGUGUGAUUGUUGAAGCUCAAUAUAAUGCAGUUACCUAU